CUAACCAGCAAACUUGUUUUAGGUGGUUAUAUCAGUUAAACCCCUGAAAGUAGAAAACUGGAUUCUUGCAGAGAUGCCUGGGCUUAUCACCGACUUCUUGAUCUCCCUAGAUGACCGAUUUCUCUACUUUGUGAACUGGCUCCAUGGAGACGUUCGUCAGUACAACAUCGAGGACCCUAAGAACCCUGUCUUAACAGGACAAAUUUGGGUCGGAGGGUUACUAAAAAAGGGCAGUCCUGUUAAGGUGGUUGGAGAAGACGGUAACACUUAUCAAAUUGAUGUUCCUCAGAUCAAGGGUAACUCUCUACGCGGAGGACCUCAAAUGAUCCAGCUGAGCCUUGAUGGGAAACGUUUGUAUGCAACAAACUCGCUGUUCAGCGCAUGGGAUCGUCAGUUUUACCCGGAAAUCAUGGAGAAAGGCUCACACAUAAUUCAAAUUGAUGUUGAUACAGACAAAGGUGGUCUCACCUUAAACCCUGACUUGUUUGUAGACUUUGGUGAUGAACCA